CCUGCUCCUGCCACUUGCCCACACCCACAGCUGCCACUCCUUGGAGUGGGGAAACUUCCCUUCUAUUCUGCUGGGCUCAUUACCACAGACUCUGUUGCCUCUCCUGAACAUUGGGUCAGCCUCCCCACCUCCACUCUUCCUUACUUCAAAAAGGUGCAAAGGAAGAGCAGUGUUUUUUCUUUUUUCUUUCUUUCUUUUUUUCACCACACCACCCCCCACCGUCCCCCACCCCAAACAAAGAUAAAACCUGAGAGUCGAAGCUUGUUCUCAGGAAUAAUAAGAACUUAGGGGCACAGCCAUCCUCACACCAGUCCAAGACUUCUCAGAGUUCACUACACAGGGUUGGGGGCUGGACCGGCAAAACUCGAUUUGCCCAUCAAGUUAACUUGGUCGGCCUGGGACCCGAGGCCAGGGUGAAGGGACGACAUCCCGGGGCCCUGUGGCUUCUCCCUAGAGCGCCCAAACAGCGGCGUAGGUCUGGGACGCCCCCGGCCCCCGGCUUUGGAAGAGGCUGGUGCGGAGCAGGCGCCUUGGAGCAGGGUCUCGGGGGUCCCCGGAACAGUCACGUGUUCUCGAGACGCCGUUAAACCCCCGCCCCCUCUUCCCCACCGCCGCCUCCAGGUCCUGCUCCUGCUGCUGCCGCCACCGCCGGGGUGCAGGAGCGAUCGCGCUGGGCCGCGCUCCCGGGAGCCCAGGGCCUGCAGCGGCCGGGGCGCCCCGAGGUCUGCUCGUUGUGUUUUUCAGGAAAAAGGAAGGGAAAGGAAUGAAAAUAAUGAAGACUUUUAUCUCCAUUCGAAUAUAAUAGAGAGGUCUAACCACAUGGAAUGGAGAAAAAUCUGAAUUUUAGACUCAAAACUACAUUGUUUCUAUUACCACAAAUUGUGCUGCAUCUUCCUUUUCUUCAAAAAAUUUUGGACAGCAAUUUUACACUAAGUGUUACAAGGAAAGGCUAUCAGUAACAACUGACCUGCCGCAAAGUUAGAAGAAAGGAUUGAUUCAAGAAACAGGACUAUAAUAUGGAUUUAGAGCUCGACGAGUAUUAUAACAAGACACUUGCCACAGAGAAUAAUACUGCUGCCACUCGGAAUUCUGAUUUCCCAGUCUGGGAUGACUAUAAAAGCAGUGUAGAUGACUUACAGUAUUUUCUGAUUGGGCUCUAUACAUUUGUAAGUCUUCUUGGCUUUAUGGGGAAUCUACUUAUUUUAAUGGCUCUCAUGAAAAAGCGUAAUCAGAAGACUACGGUAAACUUCCUCAUAGGCAAUCUGGCCUUUUCUGAUAUCUUGGUUGUGCUGUUUUGCUCACCUUUCACACUGACGUCUGUCUUGCUGGAUCAGUGGAUGUUUGGCAAAGUCAUGUGCCAUAUUAUGCCUUUUCUUCAAUGUGUGUCAGUUUUGGUUUCAACUUUAAUUUUAAUAUCAAUUGCCAUUGUCAGGUAUCAUAUGAUAAAACAUCCCAUAUCUAAUAAUUUAACAGCAAACCAUGGCUACUUUCUGAUAGCUACUGUCUGGACACUAGGUUUUGCCAUCUGUUCUCCCCUUCCAGUGUUUCACAGUCUUGUGGAACUUCAAGAAACAUUUGGUUCAGCAUUGCUGAGCAGCAGGUAUUUAUGUGUUGAGUCAUGGCCAUCUGAUUCAUACAGAAUUGCCUUUACUAUCUCUUUAUUGCUAGUUCAGUAUAUUCUGCCCUUAGUUUGUCUUACUGUAAGUCAUACAAGUGUCUGCAGAAGUAUAAGCUGUGGAUUGUCCAACAAAGAAAACAGACUUGAAGAAAAUGAGAUGAUCAACUUAACUCUUCAUCCAUCCAAAAAGAGUGGGCCUCAGGUGAAACUCUCUGGCAGCCAUAAAUGGAGUUAUUCAUUCAUCAAAAAACACAGAAGAAGAUAUAGCAAGAAGACAGCAUGUGUGUUACCUGCUCCAGAAAGACCUUCUCAAGAGAACCACUCCAGAAUACUUCCAGAAAACUUUGGCUCUGUAAGAAGUCAGCUCUCUUCAUCCAGUAAGUUCAUACCAGGGGUCCCCACUUGCUUUGAGAUAAAACCUGAAGAAAAUUCAGAUGUUCAUGAAUUGAGAGUAAAACGUUCUGUUACAAGAAUAAAAAAGAGAUCUCGAAGUGUUUUCUACAGACUGACCAUACUGAUAUUAGUAUUUGCUGUUAGUUGGAUGCCACUACACCUUUUCCAUGUGGUAACUGAUUUUAAUGACAAUCUUAUUUCAAAUAGGCAUUUCAAGUUGGUGUAUUGCAUUUGUCAUUUGUUGGGCAUGAUGUCCUGUUGUCUUAAUCCAAUUCUAUAUGGAUUUCUUAAUAAUGGGAUUAAAGCUGAUUUAGUGUCCCUUAUACACUGUCUUCAUAUGUAAUAAUUCUCACUGUUUACCAAGAAAAGAACAAAUGCUGGGGUCAUAUAAAAUAUAUUUAUGAUAACUAUUUACAUAUAAUAAAUAGAAAUUUUGUUAACAUGGAAUUUAAUUUAUGUGAAAGAGUUCUGGAUUCAAAUGUCAGUUCAUAAUAUAUGGAAGAUAAUUUUAUGUGUUAUAGUAGGAUUAAUUUAUUUAGUUGUGCAGUCAGUGUCAAUCCAAUCUGUAAUUUCACUUUAGAAAGUUGUAUUACCUUCCACUUCCAUGUUGUCUUAUAAACAAAUGAAUUGUAUUUUUUGUUGAAAGUAAAAGUUAUAUCUAACCAACUCAGUACUUUUGUCCAAAAAUAUAAUAAGAAAAACUUUUUCUCGAGGAACUUUGAAUUUCAAACUUGAAGAAUAUCUACCAGCUAUCUAUAUUCAUUUCUACUCCAUAGGCUUCUUAAUGUUUAGUUUGUGAAGUACAGAAAAAAUUUAAUAUGCCUGGAAAAUCACAACUAAAUGACAGAUGUAUGCCCAAAUUAUGAUUAUAAUCUUCAACAUUAAGUACAGUUUUGGAAGUCCUGUAGGAAAAUGUUAUUGCCUAUUGAGAAUUGGUCAAAUUGUCAAUUUAACUCCACUGUCCUAGUAAUACACAAGUAAUUUACCAAAUAAAGAAUUUUAAAUCCUU